AUGCUCGAAUUCCGCACCCAAGGCUACAACGGCUAUAGCGUUAAAUAUUCGCCCUUCUUCGAUUCGCGCAUAGCCGUAGCGGCAUCCUCAAACUUUGGUCUCGUCGGAAAUGGCAGGCUGUAUAUCCUUGGCCUCACGCCGAACGGCAUUGUAGCUGAGAAAUGGUUCGACACACAAGACUCUCUCUUCGAUACCGCCUGGUCAGAAGCGCACGAGAACCAGAUCCUCACAGCCUGCGGUGACGGCAGCAUCAAACUGUUCGACAUUUCUCUAUCCGAUUUCCCCAUCCAAUCCUGGCAAGAGCACGGGCGAGAAGUCUUCGCCGUACAUUGGAACCUCAUCACAAAAGACACCUUCCUGUCUUCAUCAUGGGACGGCACGAUCAAGAUCUGGAACCCGCAAGCGCCGGCCUCGAUCGCGACGCUGCCCACGCACUCAUGCACCUACAGCGCGCAGUUCUCGCCGCACUCGCCCAGCGUGCUAUCAGCCGUGUCGUCCGACUCGCACCUGCGCAUAUUUGACCUGCGCACGCCCGCCUCGGCCAGCAACCACCUCACGCUCAGCAUCCCCAUCCACGCGCCGCCCAAGGCGCGCAUCGGCGCCCCGCUGCCCGCCGCCGCGCCGCCGUCCGAGGCCCUGACGCACGACUGGAACAAGUACCGCGACGGCAUCAUCGCCACCGCCGGCGUCGACCGCACCAUCCGCACCUUCGACAUCCGCCAGCCUGGAGCCGGCCCCGUCGCCAUAUUGCCCGGCCACGAUUACGACAUGACGUGCCGCGUAUGGACGGACGGCACCGCCAUGGGCAACAACCCAGCCGACGCGGCGGCCAAGAAUCCAAUGUCGUUUGGCGGUGGCCAGGAGCUGGGCCGGAUGGGCCGGCAUACUGACUGUGGAUGGGAUGAGAGGCUGUUAGUCUGGGAUGUCAGAGCUAUCAUGGGCCCAGGAAAUCACAGUAUGUGA